GGACGUGACUCGCGGUGACGUUUCUACGAAGAUGGCGCCAAUGAUGGCAAAGCCGGCAAUCGUGCUAGUAGUGGUGGUAGUUGUGGCGGUGGUUGGUAAUGGUGAUGAUACUGAUGGUGGUGGUAGGUAAAGGGUGGCCUCUCUUGUGCAAUUGCCGGCUAGUAUUAGAGUACUCUCUCAGUGCGCGCGUAGCCAUCGCGCGCCGUGCCAAAGUUCCUCCUCGUCUCUUCCGCGACUUUCGGUGGUGGCCGGUAACCCAUACACACAUAAACGCGUCGCCAAACGGGGGAGUAAUCUUGGGCUCGCGCAAUCGCGAGGGUACAUACGUGUGUGUAUACGUGUGGGGUGGCUGGCCCGUGUUCGACUGCGCGAACGAUAGAGAGAUCGAGAGGGAGAGGGAAGGAGACACAGAGAGGGUGGGUAAGCGCGAGGGUGGCGAACGCCGGUGGCGGUAACGACGGCGGUGUCGGUGGCGGCGUCAGUGCACGGAAGUGGCUGUGCUCCGGUAGUGGACGGUGGAUAGUGUAGUGCGGUUGGUCGGUUGGAUCGGUUAGUCGGUCGGUCGGUGGGUCGGUGGGUCGGUCGCGGGGGUUGAUUUGCCGUUCGUCUCGCGUCGCCGUCGCGUUUCACCCGGAGUCGAGUGGAGUCACGUCGAGCAUCGUCCACGAGGCGCGAGCGGCGAGACGAGGACGACGGGAUCGGAAAAAAGAGAGAGGAGGAAAGAAGUGAAGAGGAGAGAGUGAAAUCGAUAAGAAGGGACCUUAGGCGCUGGUUUCGCAAAACGGGAACGCCGGUGCGCGACGCAUAGAGAGACAGAGAGAGAGAGAGAGAGAAAGAGAAAAAGAGUAGGCGAGAGACAGGGGGGCGAUAUAUAUCUUCUCCUGUGAAAGAGUGUGAGUGCGCGGUGCGCCGACGACGAACGCACGCGACGUACGAAAACGACAUACGCGCGUGUAGUACGCACGCAGGCGCGGAAGCUGGCACACGAGGGUGGACUUGGGUCCGCGAGAAAGGGAACGUAAUCGGCUCGGUUCGUCGACUUGGCUCGCUCGCGAAAGGGCGGUUCUUGGAUUCGGAGCGUCGUGACCGGAGGCCGAGGGAGAGAGCGAGAGAGACCGGAAGAGGGAACGGGAGAGGACACGCGAGAGAGGGUUUGUUCGUUCGUUCGUUUGCAUUGCGUCGGCUCGGGAAAACAGGAAGUCGGAAAAAGAGGGAGUCGAUUGUCUCUCUUUCUCUCUCUCUCCCCCUCGAUCUCUAUUCGCCCUCGCUCGAUGGGCUACGCCAUCGAAAGAAGGUCAAAGAUCGAUCCUCGAGCUGACGAGGGUCGUGACCUCGCCGUACGCCGCCGCCGAGUACGAAGUGAUCCACGCGCGUAGUAGUACUAUUCGCUAGUAGUAGUACGCCGGCCAGAAACGCGGAAGUUGUACUCGGUGAGGAGAGGUGGUGGGCAGUGGCGUGGGUGGAGAGAAGAUCGAUCGGGCGGAGGAUCAUCGUCGCGACGGGGAAGAUGAGGUCGAUUGACCGGCAAAGAAGGGACCGAACCGACGGUCUUCGUUGACAUCGGCGAUACUCGAGGAGAAAGAGAAAUAAAACUGUCCCGCGACGCGAAUAAAGACGAGGACCGAUCACGUCCACCUCGUCAAUGCUCGUCGUUCGCGAACGCGCUAUCGCAUGUAGAAUAGAAACAUCCUCUCGCGUCAUCCCGGGACACACCAUUAUCGUGUCCGCGUCUUGGCGUCGAAGAUCACGAAGACACCGAGAGACCGGAAGCGCAUCGUCGACACCGUCAUCGGCCAUAACCGGAUGCUGCAGCACGAAGCUGAAAACGAAGCGAAGAUCGAGUCGCCCGAAAGGAGGCGAUCGUCGAAAUUGGAGCCGCACGCUUCCAUCCUCCGAUUAUUACCCUAACUGAAUUCUCGGAUAGACGGACGGACGUCCCGUCGAACGGGAAAACGCUCAUUAACCAGAUCACCCAUUGCAGCCUGACAUGAGCGUAAAAAUGUGCGAGAGAGACGAGGGGAACGGCCGCGAGGUAUGAUGAAGAGGGCACGAGAUUAGAGCUCUGGUGAUAAUCGAAUUCGAGAAACGAGCACUGCCGAGAAAGAAGGAGAAAAAAAUCACGGAAGGUGUUUAUUCAAUCGCACAAAGCGGAAGAAACGCUCGAGAAGAAGGAAGGGAGCAAGAAAGAGAAGAAGGAAGAAGUGACUGUACUGACGAGAUACUAACGAGACGACACUGACUCGAGACGAUCUUGCGGGAACAACAACGAGAAAGAGAAGAGGAGCAGGGUACGGGUUCGCGUAGUACGGGUUUCUCGUAUAAUGUCACGGGACCCAUACUCGAGCAGUGGCGUAGUAGGUCCCGGUGGUGGCACUCGCUCGCCACGCAGCGGUCGUCGCGUAGGCGAACUGCCGACCGUCGACCGUAGUCCGUCGCGUAGUUAUGCGAGCGGUCGUGGCAGUCCGCUGGGGGGUCGCAAGCAACGGGGUACACGAAGCGGAAACAACUCGCCCGAGCACCUCGGUUUCGGCAGCUACCAUCACCAUCAGCUGGGCAGCCCGUACUACUCCCGCGACGAGGACCUCGGCAGUCCCGUGAUGCUCGAGGAGAGGGGUAGGAGUAUGUCGACCGGGGGCGGUGGGGGCGGACAUCACCGAUCCAGAAGCGCCUCGAGACCCGCCAUGUCCAGCUCGGCGGGCAUGGUAGCGCGUUACACCAGCCUCGACCGUGCCUCCGCCGGCGUCCUCGAUCAUGAUCGCGAAUUCGUGCCGAUACGCGAGCCGAGCCGCGAGCGUAGUCGCGAUCGCGGUCUGUACCUCGAGGAUGAGCUUUACGGCUCCAGGUCGGCGCGCCAGAGCCCGAAUCCGCACAUGCUGCGCGACAGCGGCGGCUACAUCGGCGAGCUUCAACAUCAGAACAACGAUCUGCAGCGCGAGCUUGGCAACCUGAAGAAGGAACUCGAGCUGACGAACCAGAAACUUGGCAGUUCGAUGCACAGCAUCAAGACGUUUUGGAGCCCGGAAUUGAAGAAGGAACGAGCGCUGCGCAAAGAGGAGAGCACCAAAUACAGUCUCAUCAAUGAACAACUCAAGCUGCUCAACUCGGAGAAUCAGAAACAAAGCAUGAUGGUCCGUCAACUGGAAGAGGAGCUUAGAAUGAGAAUGCGCGGGCCGAACGUUGAAAUACAGCAGCAAAUGGAAGUUUUGUAUAAUGAGAACGAGCAUCUGACUCGCGAAAUCGCCAUACUUCGUGAUACAAUAAAAGAAUUGGAAUUAAGAAUAGAAACGCAAAAGCAAACGCUGCAGGCUCGCGAUGAAAGUAUCAAGAAGCUCCUCGAGAUGCUCCAGAACAAGGGGAUGGGAAAAGAGGAGGAAAGGAUCAUGUUCCAACAAAUGCAGUCGAUGGCCCAGAAGCAGGUCGAGUACUCGCGGAUGAGACAACUGCAUUUUGCAUUCCAAACGCAAAAAUCCCAACAUGCAAGUCGAGUAUUGCUGGACGAGCUCCGGACAGAGGUACAACGACGGGACCAAGAGCUGCUGGCAAUGUCGGCCAAGAUGAAAACGCUGGAGGAGCAACACCAAGAUUAUCAGAGACACAUCGCCGUGCUUAAGGAGUCUCUCUGCGCCAAGGAAGAGCAUUAUAAUAUGCUGCAGGCCGAUGUCGAAGAGAUGCGACAACGGCUCGAGGAGAAGAACCGGAUGAUUGAGAAGAAGACGCAGGCGGCGAUGCAGGCGCAACAGGAGCGCAAUCGCAUGAAUACCGAGCUGACCGAGAUCAAGGAUCACAUGGACAUCAAGGACCGUAAGAUCAACGUUCUCCAGCGCAAGAUCGAGAAUUUGGAGGAUCUGCUGAAGGAGAAGGACAAUCAAGUCGACAUGGCCAGGGCCAGGCUGACGGCGAUGCAGGCGCAUCAUUGCAGUAGCGAGGGUGCACUUAGCAGCCUUGAGGAGGCGAUUGGAGAUAAAGAGAAGCAAAUGGCACAAUUACGAGAGCAAAGGGACCGAGCCGAGCAGGAGAAGCAAGAGGAAAGGGAAUUGCAUGAGAGAGAGCUCGCCGAAUAUAAAAUGAAGAUACAUACUUUGGAGUCUGAGGUCGAGAAGUUGGGUGCGCGACUGGAACGAGCACAGGCGGAAAAAGACCGAUUGGAGGCGAAGCUUGAAAGCUCGCAAUCCGAGCUCGGCAAGAGCAAGGCCGAGCUGGACAAGGCCGCGUCCGAGGUCGGGCGCAGCGGCGCGGACUGGGAGGCGGCGAAGCAGCGGUUAGCCAGACUGGAGCUCGAGAACGAGAGGCUGCGGCACGAUAUGGAACGAUCGCAGGGAUACGGUAGAGGUACGCUGAAUUCGUCUCAGGAAAUGGAACGUAUUCAGGAACGAGCUGACAAAUCGGCCACCGAAUUAAGGAGAGCUCAGGCCGAACUGAGGGUCACGCAAGCGGACAACGAAAGGGCGCGUGCCGAGGCCGCGACCCUGCAAGAAAAGGUGGAAAAAAGUCAGGGCGAGGUGUACAGGCUCAAGGCCAGACUGGAGAAUGCUCAAGGAGAGCAAGAGAGUCUGCGAGAAGAAUACGAUCGAGCACAGGCGUCUGUGGCUCGUCUUCAUGCCGAGAGAGACAAAGCGAUUGGCGAGCUCGAAAAGUCGCAGGAGGAACUCGAACGUACACAGGCUACUCUCGGCAAAGCGCAACUUCAGCAGGACAAAUUACAAAAUCUCUUGGAUAAAACACAGAGCGAGGUUGACAAGCUGCAAGAGAAACUCGAUAAGACGCAGACAGAAGUUCGUAGAAUGCAAAUGGAGAGAGAGAAACAGAAUUACGAUUUUGAAAACCUACAAAGUCAACUUGACAAGGCGUUGGGGCAAUCGACAAGGAUGCAGAAAGAGCGAGAGGCGAUUCAAAUCGAAGUCGAUAGACUGCAGGACAAAUACGAAAAGGCUCAAGUCAUAAUGCAACGGUUGCAAAAGGAGAGGGACAGCUUCCAGGAGGAAAUGGAGAAGAUGCACGAGAGAAUAGAACUGCAGCAGAAUCAAAUUGGAAAGAUGCAACGCGAGAAGGAGAAUGUACUUUCGGAACUCGAUUUAGUCAAGGAGAGAUGGGAAAAGGCGCACAACACUCAUCAGAAAUUGACGUUGGAGCGAGAUGACGCUUUGACUGAAAUCCAGAUCUUGAAGGAGAAACUGGAGAAGGCUCAAUAUUCCCUGAAUAAAGCUCACGAGGAACGGGAGAACACCACGAAGGAAUUCGAGAAGAUGUUGGAGAAAUACGAUAGGGGGCAGAGCGAGGUGUACCGUCUGCAGAACCGCAUCGACGUGAUGGAGGCGGACAAGGACCGGCUUGAGCUGGAGGCGGAGAAGCAGCAGAUGCUGGCGGCCAAGUCACGCGAGGAGGCGCGCAAGGCCCAGGAGGAGCUGGCCCGGGUGCAAGAGAUGUACGACCGCGCGGCGUUGCAGCUUGGCCGUACCAAGGAGCACGAGGAGAAGUCCAAGGAGAGCAUCGAUCGGCUUAGCGUCGAUCUGGAGAUGGUGCGCGAGCGUUACGAGAAGUCGCAGAUCGAGCUGCGACGCUUGCAGAACGAACGCGAGAAGGUGGUAGCUGACAACGAGCGCAUCAGCUUUGAGCUGGAGCGCGCCCAUUCGCAGCUCAACAAGGCGCAGGCAGCCACGGAGAAAACGCAGGAGGAGCUCGCACGUAUGCAGCUAGAGAUCGAGAAGAUGUACGAGAAGCACGAUCGUCAGCAGGCCGAGGUGAGAAAGGCGCAGGGCGAGGCCGAACGACUACGCGCCGAAGCGGAGAGCGCUCGCGAGGAGUGCGAGAGGUAUGCGACCCGUUUCGGCAAGUACCAGGAGAGCCAGGAGCGACAGAAGGAAGAGCACGAGUGGGCGAAGCUGGAGGUGGAACGACUACGUGACCGUCUGGAGAAGGCGCUGGCGGAGCUCGAACGCGCGCGGAAGGCUGAACAGGACGCCUCGAGGCUACGCGCCGAUCUGGAGCGUGCGGAAGGCGUGCGAGGUAAAUACCAGUACGAGCAGGAAAAAUGGCAAAGCGAAGGUAGUAGGCUACAGCAGGAGGUGGACAAGCUGCGCGAGCGGCUAGAUGGCCGCGAGGCCGAGCUCAAGAGGACACAGUCGGGCAAUGCCGAGCUCGAGGCGAAGCUGCACGAGGCGCAGCUUCAACUCGAGCGGGCACGCGACGAAACUGGCAAGGCUUCGGCGCAGCAGGAGCGUAAUCGCUCGGAGAUUGAACGCGCGAGGAUCGAAGCCGAGAAGAUCCGUGACCGGCACGAUAAGAUAAAAUCGCGAGCGGAAGCUCUCGAAGCGGACAACGAGAAGCUGCGCGUUGAAAUCAUACGGUUGGAGCGACUGAUGCAGACCGAGGGUAAGACAAGAUCGGAGAGCGCGAGCAUCGAGGUAGAGCGUCUGCGAGCCAGCCUAGACAAGGCUAUUGUGGCACGCGAUCAAGUCGAACUAGAAGCCGGUAGACUAGCGAAGGAACUUGAGAAAGCGCAUCUACAGACCACCAAAUAUCAGGAAGCUACUGAAACUACCAAGAAGGAACUCGAGCGUCUCGCUGCGGACGUUCAAUUGCUGAGGGAGGAACGUGAGGCGUUACGUCAAGAGCUGCGUCGCGUGCAACAGCAACAGCAGCAGCAACAACAGCAGCAGCAGAUAGCUGGAAACGAAGAGCUCGCCCGACUGCAAUACGAACUGCAGUUGGCGCAGCGCGAACGUGACAAGAUGGCAGCAAUCCUGGAGAAUCGAGAAAAGCACUCGGAAAAGUUGAAGGAGAAGCUAGAAGCGGACGCGAAGCAGCUGCAGGUUGAGCGCGAUCAGUUGGUGAUACAGCUGGAGAAGUCGCAGGAGAUGUUGGUGAAUUUCCAGCAAGAAUUGAGCGCAAACGAGGCCGAGCUCGAGCGUCAGCGCGAGGAGGCCCGUCGUCUUCAGCAGCGGGCCCACGCGCAGACGCCCGAUCGCGCCGCCAAGGAAGCGCUCGAUGCGCAAAUGCGCGAGGUACAGCGGUUGCAGCAACAAGUGCAGAACGUUCAACAGGCGCAACAGAAGGAGCGACAACGGGCCGAGCAAGCGGAGAAGCGAGUACAGGAGUUGCAGAAGCAAUUGGCGUCGCGCGGCGCCGAAACGACACAGUCCGACGUGGCCCAGCUUGAGCAGUGGCGAAAACUCUGCGAGACGGAACGACAGCGAGCAGACACAGCUGAACGCGAGGCCGGCGAGCUGCAGAAGCGAAUACAGACGACGGAACGGCAGUUGCACGCGCAUCAGCAGCAGAUCCAACAAAUGCAGGUCACUAUGCAACAACAGCAGCAGCAGCUCCAACAGCAGCAACAGCAGCAGCCUUCGCAGCAGAACGGCCAAGAAGUUACCAGGCUGAAGAAGGAGCUGGAACGCGCGCGCGAGGAGAUUAAGCAGGCGACAGUCGAACGCGAGCGGUUCCAGGCGCAGCUCGAGAUGCUGUGUCAGGAACUGGAGAAGAACCAGGUGGAUUUGCACGAGGCGAACAAGAAACUCCAAGCUGGCGCCGCGAAAGUUGGAGCCGACACUAUCCAAGAGAGGAAACAGAUGGAAGAACAAAGACGACAAUGGGAAGAACAGAGAAGACAGACAGAGGAACGGGCGAAGUCCGUCGAUCAGAAAGCUAGGGCAAUAGAGGAGAAGGAGAGGAUGCUCCAAAGUCUCGACCAAGAUCUAAAGAAGAGAAAGGCGAGAAUGGACCAACUGGAGCAGCAAUUACAAAAGAGUGGUGGAGCGCCAGACAAGAGAUUAGCGGAAAUGCAAAAAGCUCUCGAAGCAACCGAGAAAGAGAUGGAAAAGGCGAAGGAAGAAUCGAGCAGAAGCUCUGCCGAAACCGAAAGGCUAUUACAGCUCGUGCAGAUGACUCAGGAGGAACAAAAUUCCAAGGAGAAACAGAUUAGAGAACUUCAAGAUGCACUCAAAACCGCACAAGCCAAGUUAAAACAAGCUACAACUGCACAGCAAGAGUCCAAGGAUAACAAGGAUGAGUCCUCCUGGCGAGAAGCAUUAGAGACGAAGAAUCGUACCAUAUCCAAACUAGAAAAGAAAAUAGAGAGUCUCCAGCUGGAUUACGAUAAGUGUAAGGACUUGUUGAGUGACUCGAGCAAUAUUGAAUCCUGGAAGAAAGAGAUAAAAGAGAAAAAUCAACGUAUUGUCCAGCUGGAACAGCAACUGGAAAGCUGUGAGAACUUAAAAAACGAUAGAAUGAGUAAAAACGUCGAAACGCAGACGAAAACGUGCAAGAAUUUUUGUAAUCCGGAAAUGAAAAAUCAGCGAAUUGUCGCACUGAAGCGGCAAGUGAUUGCCUUGAAUAAUUCUUUGAAAAUUCAUGCGAGGAAAACGAUAAAAUCCUCCAAGAAGGAUAACAAUGAUAGGACAAACGAGAAAGUCGAAGAGACCUGGAAGCAGGAAAUGGAGAUGAAGAAUCGACGCAUCGUUGAACUAGAGCAGGAAAUGGCAUUGCUGGAAAAUCUACUUCGGGAAAACGUGGACGUACAGAUACUACGUGACCUCGAGAAAAUGAUGGACGGAAAGUCUAAACGAAUCGAAGAACUAGAAGAUGCCAUAAAGGAACUCGAGAGUUUUCUCAAGGAGGACGUAAAGGAAAUGCGUGAUCUGCGUUAUCAGACGUCGCUUGACAAAGAGCACAUCAUGGCGUUAGAAAGGUGUAUCCAAAAGUACAGUCUCACAAACGCGGGGCUUGACAAAAUGAGAAUCAUAGAAUUAGAAGAAAUGGUGACGAGCUUGGAGGACUAUGUUAAAGAACAUGAUAUUGACGGUCUUAAACGGAAGCUACAGGAUCGGGAGUGCAGAAUCGAUCAAUUAGAAAAUCAGAUUGCUGACCUGAAUAAAAAACUGUCGAGAUUCGAGGAAAAUCAAUCAAUUAGAGAUACAUCGAAGAAAAGUAACGAUAGAAUGACCUGGGAGCUAGAAGAAGAACAAAAGAUGAAAGAUAUGACGCGCAUUAUUUCUAAAGAAAAUAAAAAAAUCCAAGAAUGUGAACUGCAGAUUGUCGAACAGCAAGAUAAAAAUGUGAAAAUGGAGCUGCGAGAGAAAGAAGAAAAAAUGAAAGAAAUGGAAUACGAUAUUUCAGAAAAGGAUAAUAAGAUACAGAAAUACGAGCAGCAGAUCGUCGAACAACAGAACAAGCUUUUGAAAAUGGAGAAAGAAAUGGCCGAGUUGGAAAAAGAAUUAUACAUGGUAGAAGACAUCGAUGUAUUAAAAGAGACGAUCAGGAUAAAAAACGAAAGAGUACAAGAACUGGAAAUGGAGGUCAAUUCUCUAGAGACUUCACUUGGCGAGAGGAUCGAUGUUGCAAUCGAAGAGCUGAUUGCUGUUCUGAAAGAGAAGGAAGAAAUAGAAGUUCGAUUGAAGGAAGAUCUCGCAGAUAAAGAGCAUAAAAUAGAGGAAUUGGACGCGGCCCUUCGCCAAAGUAUCGCAAUUACAGAUGAGACCGAAAGAAAAUUUAAACACGAGAAAAAGCUUAGGAAGGAAGCAGAUCAAAGAAUCGCCGAUUUGGAGAAAAAAAUCGCAGUUAUGCACGCUGCGUCGGCCAUGAAAUGCAUCACGUGCAAACCACUUCUUUAUAAAAUAUUCAAAACCGAAGAGAAGCAUCUCCAAUCGAAUCAAGAAAAGAUUAAUCAGCUGCAAGAACUACAUCAGACAAAGUACGAUUUUAAUUCAGGACAACAGUUUGAUCUCGAUAGACGCGAAACCUUGAAACUUGCCCUUUCCGAGAAGGACGCUCAUUUAGCUUUGUUGGAACAUUCAGGUAUUAAAACUCCGACGCAAGCGGAUCAGGCAAAAAAAUUAAAAGCUGAUAAGAAGAUACUACUCGAUAAACUAAGAGAGGAGGAUGAAAAAAGUAUUAAUUUCGACUUCAAAUUGGAAACAAUACCGCAAUUAAUUGAGAAAAUAUCCGAUGACAAUGAUAACAAUAAUAAUAAUUCCUUUGAUGAUCGUCCUAGCAAGAUCAAUUCGUCCAGAUCAACUACUAUAAAUGGCGACAAUUCGCCAGUAUUACUUACUACAAGUUGCGAGCAUUCAACAAAGGCAUUGACGGUGUUCGAUAUCAGAGAUGGGGAAGAUAAGUCUCAAAUUCAUCAACAGGAUACCAGAUAAGUACUUGAGGCCUCUUCUACGGUAUUUCGAAGUAUCAGUCUCUUCGUUACCUCGAUGUUGUCAUACGCACAUACAUUCGCGAACGUAGAGACAGUCUAUAGAGCAUCCUUAGAAACAUAGCGGAAAUGAAACCGAAACGAACAACAAUUACACACCAACAGUAAAACUACAAUAUACUAUCUAUAAUAACAACUGUAGCAACAGCCAACACGCCUGCCUCGUUCAUUAUUCAUCAUCAUCGUCAUCUUCUUUGUCAUGAUUCAUUAAUCGUUAUCCCAUCAUCCACGUGCCACAUCGUACUUGAAGAAAUUGGCAGGAUCAGAAGCCGCUUCUUCAAACUACUGGUAAUUCAAAUCGAUUAACAUUCGAUGGUUUACUAUGAAUAAAAUACAAUAAUAAUAGAUGACGUAUGAUGAUUUUGGAUGGAUUAGCUUGAAGAUGUGUUAUAAGUGUUUAUCUUCUCUCUUUUUAAUAACUUCAGCGAUAUCUAGAUCGUCGGAGACGUCAUAAUUUAUUAUUGUUGCAAUAAUAUAUUAA